AUGCUGGGCCUGAAGAGAAACACCCUCAACCUGUACUGCGGCUGCGCGGGGCUGGCGGCGGGCGGCGGCGGGCGGAAGGAGCCCCACGGAGGCGCCGCUACGCAUGCGCGGAGCUGGCUCUUCUGCCCGGGCUGCUGCUCGGCGCCGCUGCCGCUGCCUGAGGAGAACGCCGACGCCGCCGCCGCCAUGUUGUCGCCCGAGGCGGAGCUGGACAGCGACGAACCCGCGCUGCGGCUGGCGGGGGGUGAUGGCGACGGGGACGCGGACGCGCUGUACCGGCUGUCGCUCGACAUCAUCUCGCGCUACCUGUGCGAGCAGGCGUCGGGCCGCAAGGACGCGGCGCCCCCGGGACACUCCAGCUGGAGGGCGUUCGACACACUGCGGCGCCUGGGUGACCGCGCUGCCUUCCAAGCUGUGCCGGGGGUCAAGGGCAUGCUGCGCAAGCUGGUCCCCAAGGGCGAGGCUGACGUGUGGGCGCUGGCGCUGGUGAUGGCGCACGUGUUCAGCGCCGGGGUGACCAACUGCGGCUGCGUAAGGACGCUCAUAGCCUUCCGCGCCUGCGCAGCCAAGCACCUGCACUGCACAGGCCGCGAGUGCUGCGUAGAGCCACUGGCGCGCAGCAACGUGGGCACCAAGCGCGACUGACUCGUCCAGCAGCGGGGCUGGGAUGGGUUUGUGGAGUUCUUCCACGUAGAAGAUCUAGAAGGCGGCGUUAGGAAUGUGCUGCUGGCUUUUGCCGGCGUCGCUGGAGUCGGGGCUGCUUUGGCAUAUCUGAUAAGAUAGCCUAUAAGUGCAA